CUCUGCCCGGCGUCCGCCAUUUUGAUAGCACGGGGAAGCACGAAAGUGUUCGUGAAUGGUGAACAUUCCGUAAAAGUAAACUGUAAUAAUGUUUCGGAGAGUGGUGUGCUCGACAGGUGCCCUUGCACUGAGGGCAAGACCUGCUUACAUGGCCAGAGUUAGUGCUGCAGCAAUGCCAAGUAUGACAUUUCACACCUCAAGUAAAGAUUUAAUGCCCUAUAAAAUGCCAGAAGAAGGUGGCAAAGUCAGACUUGGCUUUAUACCUGAAGAAUGGUUCACAUUUUUCUACAAUAAAACUGGUGUGACUGGUCCAUACAUGUUUGGCACAGGUCUAAUACUAUACCUGAUAAACAAAGAAAUAUAUGUUGUUUCCCAUGAAUUACUUCACGGUGCCCUCAUUAUUGGACUUCUGGUCUAUGGAGUAAAGAAAUUUGGACCUGCAUAUACAGCAUAUGCAGACAAAACAAUAAAUGAUCAAAUUGAACAAACUUAUGAUGUAAAAAAUGCACAAGUUGACGCUUUACAGCAGUCUAUUGAUGCAGAGAAGAAAGAGCAAUGGCGUCUAGAUGGAAGGAAUAUGCUGUUUGAUGCUAGGAAAGAAAACAUUGCUAUGCAAAUUGAGACAGCUUAUCGAGAGAGGUUGCACACAGUUGCUGCAGAUGUCAAAAAGAAAAUGGACUAUCAUAUUGAAGUAGAGAAUGUUAAACGGCGUGUACAGCAGGAACAUAUGGUAGAAUGGAUUCAGAAGAAUGUAAUCCAGAGCAUCACACCGCAGCAGGAAAAAGAAAACAUUGCUCAAUGUAUACGGGAUUUGAAGACUUUAUCUGCGAGGGCAUAAUUAUCAACGCUUGUGCAACUGCCUUCAGUUAAUUUAAAACUAGUUUGUGGUGUGUGAUGAGAAUGGUUUGGAUUUUUAUCUAAUAAAGUGCUUGUGUCCCGUAACUAUACAGUGUUCAUUUCUCUAUUUUGUGAGUAACAACAACCACAGAUUUAUUGUAAAAAAAAUUACUAUGAGAAUAAAUGGUUUAAAAAGCCA